UUUUUAUCAGACGGAUAUUCCAAUAAACGCAGCCAAACAAGACCCUUUUCUCUUCCAUCCAUUUGGUUUUUGCUGUUGGGAACAUCACCCACCCUAAGUCAAAAGCCCCUCUCGGUCGAUCUGGAGAAAAUUAUCCUCAAAUUUUACAGUAAGAUCAAUUAGUUUUUGAUUCAAUCUGUUUCAUAUCUUUUUUAUUUAUCAAGCAUUUCAAAGUUCUUAUUAUUAUUUCAUUGGAGAUGGAUGGUAAUAAAGAGGAGGCAUUAAAAUGUUUAAAAAUAGCGGAAGCUUCGAUUGCAUCUGGUAAUCGUGAAAAGGCGUUGCGAUUCUUAAAUAAAGCUCGCCGUUUAGAUCCUUCCCUUGAUAUUAAUGAUCCGUUUUCCCAAUCGGAAAAUAGUUGUACUAAAUCUUCCCCAUCUAGCUCCUCUGUACCCACGACGGAAAGUAGUGGUGGGGUGCGGAGGAGAGUGUCGGGUUAUACCGAGGAGCAAGUGAGUAUUGUGAGGGAAUUGAAGAAGAAGAAGGAUUAUUACGAUAUUUUAGGGUUAGAGAAAGGAUGUAGUGUUGAGGAAGUUAGGAAAGCUUAUAGGAAACUGUCGUUAAAAGUUCAUCCUGAUAAAAACAAGGCGCCCGGGGCGGAAGAGGCGUUUAAGAUGGUGUCUAAGGCGUUUAAGUGUUUGAGCGAUGAGGAAAGUAGGAGAACGUAUGACACUGUUGGGUCUGAGGAGGAAUCUGUCUACGUGAGGUCUAAUAAUAAUACUAGACAUCAUCAUGCUGCUGGAUUUAAUGGUUUCUACGAUAAUGACAUUGAUGCCGAGGAGAUAUUUAGGAAUUUCUUCUUUGGCGGCGGUAUGAUGAAUCGUGGAACGACCACUCAUUUUAGCUUUGGCCCUGGAAUGGGAGUCGGGAAUCAUGGAUCGAAUGGAUUGUUCAGGACUUUGAUUCAGUUGUUGCCGGUUAUAUUGAUCUUGUUGGUGAACUUUCUACCGUCAUCUGAGCCAGUUUAUGUAUUUUCAAGGUCGUAUCCAUAUGAUCUUCGGUUGACUACACAAAGGGGUGUGAACUACUAUGUCAAGUCUGGGAAAUUUGAACAGGAGUAUCCUGUUAAUACUCCAAAUCGUUUGGCCCUUGAAGAAAAGGUCGAGAAUGAUUAUUUUUCAAUUCUAUCUCACAAUUGCAGGCUUGAGCUACAACAACUUCAUUGGGGUUAUCAACGACAAACACCAAAUUGUGAUACACUAAAGCAGUUCCAAGCUGCAGCUUGAUUUACUCAAGACAGGGUGCGGUUUCCUCCUUUUAAUAUGUUACGCCCAAAAUAAAUUUAGUUUUGGAUGUUAUAUCGACAAUCAUAUGCAGUUUGGUUUCCUUUAUUUAACUUCUAUCCGCAGGAAAACAUUUUCAUAGAUAAUUAGUGAACUUGCCAAUCUUGUGCAUUGUUUGAUAAUUGAUGUGUUAUAAUAUUCUGUUUUAAACUCUACUGGAUUGUAAUUCAUCUUUCACACCACCGUGGCUUCAUUUGUUGUAAUGAAUUACUACCAUAGUCAUGAUUGGAGAUCCACCAUUUUUUGUGGAUAAAUA